AUGACGCUGAUGAGAGUCAGCACGGAAAGAGGAGGCAGGGGGAUACACAAGUCCUGCUGCAACCGGGAGAGAAGAACCGGCCUGAGCGGGUGUCAGAGCCCCACGGAGCCCGUACGAGUCACACACCCAGGACUGAGCCUUCGGGAGAGCUCCCCACGGGACACGGGAGGUCCCCAGAGUCCAGAGCAGGUGGUAGGCUGUGUCGGCAGCAUGGAGCGAAUGCUGGAGAAUCUGUCCAAAACGGAGUUCAUCAGCAUCAGUGUCAGAGAGCCACGCGUCUACAAGCAGGACCUGUGGCACACCUACAUCAGCUACGAGAUCUGCCUGGAGACCAACAGCAUGUGCUUUAGGAGGAAGUGGUCGAGUGUCCGCAGGCGUUACAGUGAGUUUGUUUGGCUGCGGCGGAGUCUGGAACAGAACGCCCUCAUCAUGGAGCUGCCCAAGCUGCCCCCCUGGAGGCCCUUCUUCCACCUGCGAGGCCCAGACCAGCUGCUGCUCCGCAUGAAGGGGCUGCAGAGCUUUCUGGAGGCUGUGGUCCAGUUCCCCUUGAUGCUCUCGGACAGCCGCCUGCACCUCUUCCUUCAGUCUGAGCUGAGUGUGUCCCGGAUGGAGCGUUGUGCCCGAGGCAAGACGUGCUACACUGUGGCAGAGGCCAUCCACAGGGCAGGCAGCCCGUGUGUGCCCCCCCUGGAGGACAAGGGCAACUGCGACUCUGACUAUGAGAGCUGCUGCUCCUCCUCGGUCCUGGGUCUGAGCGUGGACGCCUCUCACAGCGGUCAUUUCCUGGAUACGCCCUGUGGCCCCGCCCAUCGCCACGUCCCCUUGAAGCUCUCUUAA